UGGCACUGGCCGGAAUAGAAACGACGACACAAAAAUUCGGAACAAUAGUAGAAAACAACGACGGCGACACAGGAAUAAAAAACUUCAUGACGUCGUCGGCCCCCCCGACGAAGACAACAACAACCACCGCAGAUAUUUUUUUCACAACCCCCACCUUUUUUUCCACCCAAUUACGCGACAAUGUAGGGUUUCAUUUUCCCAGUUACUACGACGAGCAGAACUACAACCAGCCGGCGUUCUCGAGGAACACAGGCAAAAAUACCGCAAUUGGCGUCGCGCAUGGUAGUGAACUGUCCGGGAAUAGUGGUGACUCAACCACCGCCUCGAUCGACGAGGCUUUGCUGCUUGCGGAGGGUGAUGACCACGAGGACGUUCUGCUCAACACGAACGACAACAACGAAAAAAGCAGCCGGAGUAGCAGCGGUGCCUCAUCGACAUCUUCGAAGGCCGAUGGCGAAAGUGGCUCAGAUGCAGUACCACUACCUCCUGCAGGUGACGGAAGUAGUAAAGCGAAAGAAGGAGCAAAAGAGGACCUGUCAACUACAGGACGAACGACAGCAGCUUCUACCACUAUUUCCGAUAAAAACAAGAAUCAGAUCGUGCUCGACGACGACAUUUUUGACUUAGAGGAGGAGGAGGAGGAGCAGAGCUCCGCGAUUGACGACGACUUUAUCAUUUCGGCAGGAGGAAGUAGUCGGAGAAAUUCCAAUUUCCCCUCCUCAGAUGUGGAAGCAGUAGAGCCAGGAUCUUCUCGCAUCAACGGCCAGGAAUUAGUCAAGACUGGUCUUCACGGUGCAUCUCAUCAUCAUGGAACUCACCACCAUGGUGCUCAUGGACACCAUCACAGUUCAUCUGCGCACCAAGCCCGCGCGCCAAUCCCCCCAGGGGACAUCGGCAACGACGUUUUACUCGUGGUUCUCGCGGACCCGGGGGAGGUCCGGGCUGUGCGGAAGGACACCGGGGAGCCGAUUUUCAGGUACCAAUUAGGGAGGCCGCUGGUCGGAGGGUCAUUGGAACAGGCAAGUAGUGGUGCCAAAACUGGAACUAAUGGGGGAAACGGUUUAUUCGAGGACCAUGGUACGAAAAAUACCGGUGGCGCAACAGGACCAAAUGCAGCCGGGCAUCAAGGUGCGAGUAGCUCUGGUCGUGCAGGAAAUAGUAACCACGCCGGUGCAGCUGCUGGUCCAGACCCCGUCCCCCGGUUCGCGGUGGAUUUCGACGGUAGCGUUUUGUACACGCGUGACAGUGUGCAGUUCUUCGCGCUGCCGCACCUGAAGCUCAAGGACUUGGUGGAAAAAUCCCCGAUUACGUCGUUACCGGGGUUCCCAGACCUGUAUUUCACGGGGCAGAAGCAAACAAAGUUCCACCAGGUAGAAUUGAAGUACGACGCGUCCACGAUUAUCGGGCAAACAGCAGCGGAUGCUGAAAAUGCUGGACCAACAUCGUCGGGUACUAGCUCGAGUGGAAGCGACGGGAGUGCUGGUAGCGGUACUCAUAGCACUUCUUCCUCUACUUCGCAAUUUAGCGGCUCCUCAGAGGACCAGCUGGGAACUCCGAGCAGUAGCACGCACAGCCCGCAUUCCAGCAGCAUCGCAACAACCACCACCACCUCGAACAGCCCGGGUGGAGGUCUUGCGCACCACCAUGUCGGCACGUCGAGUGGAGGAGCGACGACCCCUUAUAGCGUUGGGCUGUCCUACCUGGCCCCACAACACACGGUCACCGCACAUAGUAUGGACGGAAGUACAAUAACCGGCGAAGCGUGCAGUAGCGCCAGCGGACCUUCGAAUGAAGAUAAAGCGCACAGUCAUUUUGGUGGGCUGUUUUCAACAACAUCUUCGGACGGAACGG